CGCACGCCGCAGCCGCCGACUGUCACACCGCUGCACGUGUUGCAUGCGGUGCCGACUCCGUCCAGCGACCUAGCGAGGCCUCAUUGCUUCCACACCACGACGCUUCGACGCUGUUAUCAGCGCCAAAGGUUUGUUCUCCACGCUAGCUGCUGAGCCAUGGCAUGGUGGUGGUGGCUGUUGGUGCAGUUAUUGGUGUGGUGCUGCGCCGGCGUGGUGGCGGUGCUGUGGUGGCUGUGGGUCACCAGACCCCAAGUCGACAUUCCAGGGCCGCCCACGUGGCCCAUCAUCGGGAACGUUCUGGACUUACUCGAGCAUCCAGUGACUAUCCAGAAGUUUCGAGACUUCCACCGCCAGUACGGAGAUCUGACGAGGUUCUACGUGGGCUCGAAACUGGUGAUAAUGGUCGCUCACCCAGACGACGUGCAGCACAUCCUGGUGACGUCCAAGAUGGUGGAACGAGAUCCCCUGACCACGAACGUUAUGCGGGUCGUCGUCGGCGACGGACUACUCACCCUCAACGGCAGCCGCUGGAAGACGCACCGCAAACUCAUCAACCCCACGUUCCACUCUGAGCUGCUGGGCAACUUCCUGGAGGCGUUCCACGAGGGCGGCCUCUUCCUGAGCGCGCGGCUGGCCAGCGACAGCGGGGGCGGCGCCGCCCCCGCCGACGUGCACGCCGCCGCCCUCUUCGCGGCGCUGCGCAGCUUCUGCACGGCCGGCUCCGGCGUCGACCCCGACCGGCUCAUCCCGGGCGGCGUGUCGGAGCGCGAGGUCUCCGCCCUCCUCGCAUACGGGAUGACCCUCCUGCAGAAGAUGAUGGUGCGCCCAUGGAUGCGGAGCAAGUCGCUGGUCCAGCUGACUCCGAAGGGCCGUGCCACCUUCAAGUACCUGGAGCUGCUGCGGAAGGGGGUGGAGGAGGUCAUCGCCAUAAGGUCGGCGGCCAAAGAGGAGGGACCGGCCAAGACGCGGCGGCGGCUGCUGGAGACUCUGGUGAAGCCCGGCGGGCAGACCGCCGUGCCCGUCUCGGAGGUCCGCGACGAGCUCGUGACUAUGGUGCUGACCGCCACGGACACAACGGCCGUAUGCACCAGCUACGUGCUGGCGAUGCUCGCGCUGCACCCAGAGUGGCAGGACGCGGCCCGCAAGGAGCUGGAGGAGGUCUUCGGCGAGGGUGGCGACUACCUGCGUGCUGGCAACCUCGCAGAGCUGGCCAGCCUCAGGGUCCUGGACAGCAUCAUCAAGGAGACGCUGCGGCUGUUCCCGGUGGUUCCGGUGCUCCCUCGGAUGGUCACGGAGGACAUCUGGUUGUCCGGAGGGAGGGUACUGGUCCCAAAGGGCGCGAUGCUGGGUGUGAUGCCCUUCCUCACGCACCGCCUGCCGCAGUUCUUCCCAGACCCGCUGAGGUUCGACCCUUCGCGCUUCCUGGAGGGACGAGUCGGCGAGGGCCACCCCUGCAGCUACCUGCCGUUCGGACUGGGCGCACGCAACUGCGUGGGCUCCCAGUACGCGCGCCUCGAGAUGAAAGUCUUCCUGGCGACCGUCUUGAGGCGACUCCGGCUCCUGCCGCACAGCCGCAGGGAGGACCUGGAGAACGCCGCCGUCUCCGUCACCCUACACAGCAUCCAGCCGAUCCAGGUCUACUGUGUGCCUCUGCAAGAGUCUGGCCCGUAGCACCACCACCCGGCACACCCGCGGGCCUCAAUGUCCGGAGGUCCUUCUGCUGUCUGCCACUGGGAGGACUUGGAACGCUGCAUCCUUUCCGUCACCCUUCACACCGUACAUUCGAGCAUUCCAUUCAAUCAGGGGCUCUCGUGUGCCUAUCCGGGGUCUUAUCGCAUAGCUCACCCUCAAUAUUGCCAGAGCCCUCAGUCUCCAGUACCCAGAGGAGAUUUAGUUUCCUGCUACAUGCCCACUAUAAGGACCUGUAGAACAAUACAUUCUCCGUCAGCCUAUAGAUCAUCUGUCUGAUGGACGUCUCGUUUGUGUCUUCGAGAAGACCAAAAUCGUCACUGUCCGUACUGCAGCAAUUCUGAUGUGUUUCCCCUUACUACAACAGGUCUUGAUGGUCAUCAUCAGGAGGUGCUUCUGUUCUGCUGCAGAGCAGCUAAAUGACCCAGAGGACAGAGCAACGCCUGCCAGCGUCCACACCGUCCACCUGAUCGUAGUUCCCCUACCGUAUCUGCAGGUGCCUCCAGCAGGCAACACACAUGACUGUGCACACAGUAUAUUCUCCACUGGAUUAAACAAGUUCCAGUUAAUCAGUCUUCAGAUCUUUAAUCUUCCCAAAGUGGCCCAAAAUAAAAAACACUGAUAUUGAUCGAGGUCUUCCUGGCCAAUGGCCUCAGGCACUUCUUCUUUGUGCAGUGCAGCUGCUGGAACAGACCUGGCAGACGAGGUACUCUCUAUCAGACAGCACACUAUCCAGCUCAUCAGGGCCUCCUCUGCGUCUUCUACCUGUGCAGGGACCCAGUGUACAGUAUCCAUGCAGGCGGAUACUUUUGCAUACCUCUGUGGCAGGCCACUGCGUACCACCGCACUCCACACUACAGUGACUCAGGGUCUUCCUGGCCGCCACCCUGGAGCGCUCCCACUUCCUGCCACACUGGUGCCGAGACGGCCUGGAGCGCAACGCUCACUCAGUGCCGUGCACACUGGACAGUCAGGGCUUCCUUCAUGCCUCUGGAGGCUCCCAGCACGUACCACCACCAUUCGCACGGUUGGAGCUCGAGGUCUUGCUGGUCAUCGUCAGGAGGUGCUUCUGCUUUCUGCUGCGGAGCACCGCCUGCCAGCGCCCACGCCGUCCACCUGACCGUGGCUGCCCUACCGCCUCCAGCAGGCAGCCCACGUCACUGUGCACACUGCUGGUGGGCACUAGCUGCACCUUUUGUGAUGACGAGCGGUUCAAACGGACAUUUUCCUAUUAACACGGACAUACUGAUCUGUAUGUGCAAUAAUUUGUUGAUUCUGCAAUUUUAUUGUGUAAAAUAUCGCUUUUGUUGUUAAUGUAUGUCUUCUGACAAAGUGUAGAACUGUUUCUGUUUUCAGUGUGUAUAGGUAUUGUCUAGGUUGUAAUUAAUAAGAUAAUUUGAAAGUAUUUUCUCUAUGUAAAGUUAUCCGAUGGCCAAUUAGGGAUAUAUUUUAUCUAAUAUUUUGUGAAUAUUGAUGAUAUUUUGUUGCUUAAACAAGAUAAUACGCAUUGCUGUGUCAAAAAGAGGACGCGAGAAUAUAUACAGAGUGCUAUGAGGAUAUUUUGAUAUGACUGUUUUGAGUAUUUGGUUAAGUGAAAGCGAUGUGAAGGCUGUGGUAUACUAAUUUCCUACGGUGCGUUAUAAUGGUAAUGGAGGUUACUGCUGUAUUAAAACCCGUGGAUUAUCAAAAGACUGUGCUCGUGGAUUUGAUCCGUGUGGGAGAUGAAGUUUUAAUGAGAGGGAAUUCUUGAUAAGAACUGUGUGAACUGUAAUAAUUAAAUGCUGCAGUGUAUCAAACUGUAAUAUAAGCAAUCGUCUUUUGUGUGAGGAUUAAAAUGAAGUUCAGGCAGACGGUAUCUGACAGAUUGUAGGGGCCAUUCGCGCAUUUUACGUGUGUGUGUGUGUGUGUGUGUGUGUGUGUGUGUGUGUGUGUGUGUGUGAUCUAAAAUUAAUAUGUGAUGUAAUAAAUUUGGAAAUGGUGUGUGCUGUUGACACUAUUAUCUAUGUUUUGCCCUAAUUGAACGUUAAACUCCAAUCCAGAAAUUGUCGAACGGUGGACAGCCAGUGGAGAAAUUCAACACCUUAAAUUUUAAUUUUAUACUUUCUGCCAUCAAACUUUGGACUACAGAGUGUUCUUCAAUCCAAUCGUGGACUUGUGUCCCAGUGACAUGAAGCACUGUCAUCCAUAAAAAUUCCAUCGUUGUUUUGGAACAUGAAGUCCGUGAAUGGUUGCAAGUCGUGUCUAGGUAGCCGAACACAACCAUUUGUGAGCAAAGAUCGGUUCAGGCGGUCCAGAGGACGCAGUCUGUUCAAGAUAAACGCAACAUACACCAGUGCGGCGCGGCGCCACCACCAGCUCUCACAGUGUCUGGUUGACAGCCUGGGUCCACGGCUCCGUGAGGCCCGCACCACACUCGAACCCUGCCAUCAGCUCUUAUCAACUGUAACCAGGACUCGUCUGACCAGCCCACGGUUCUCCAGUCGUUUAGCGCCCAGGCAAUACGAUCGCCAUCCCAGGGCAGGCGCUGCCACUGAUGUCGUCUGCUGCCAUAAAUCAUUAACGUCAAAUUCUUCGUACGACCUACAUUGAUUUCUGUGGUUAUGUGACGCAGUGUUGCUUGUCUCUUACAAGGGAACCUCCCCAU